AUGAGCGCCGGAGAGGACGACGACCUGAAAUUACAGCGAGCAUCUGCAUCGCUUCUGUCUGACUUCGAGAGGCUGCUACCACGACUACUGCGGAAACGGCAGCAUGGCUCUGCCCUUGGUCCCGUCCGCCAACAUGUCCGAACAGCAGACAUGUACAAGGCAUGCGGCUUGAUAGAGCCAUUCCAGGAGGACCCCCAGAUUCUAGACACCCACCUCAAAACCUUCAUACCUCCACUCGUCGCCGCCUAUUUAGAAGCAAUAUCGGCGAGCGCCACAGAAGGACCGAAACCAGGAUUUGUGACUCUUACAUACGCCGUAUGCUCCGUCUUGAACACGUUCUGUAAAGUCCGAGGCGAAAAGGUCGUCAAAGGCUUCUUCAAUAACGAACCACGUCAUCUCGAAGCGAUCUUGGGCGAGUUAGAAGCGACUGGAGUUGUUAAAUCUGAAAAUACCGAUGCCCUACUGCAGGACACAGCUCGUCCCUGGAUACAGCGCUAUGUGCUGCUAUUAUGGCUCUCACAGUUACUACUCGCGCCCUUUCCCCUGGAGUCCAUGUCUGGGUUGCAAGUUUCUGCAGAAACACCUGUAGCUCUUGGGCUGAAGCUCCCGGAUGAACUUCCUGGUGUCACUCUUCGGGUAAUUUCUCUUUGCAUGUCAGGACUUCAAUCCCCAACAAAGGAAAGAAGCGCCGCUGCAAGUCUCCUAGUGAGGACAUGCGUGCGACCAGAUAUGCAAAAGCUAGGUUUACUGGAUGCCAUGGUCCAAUGGUCCUUGUCUUUUUUCACAGACAUAUCCGAAGAGAAGACCGACAUACAUCAGUGUCUCGGAGUUCUCUCAUUCCUGUCAGGGCUAUUGGCCUCCGCUACGAAUGAGGAGCUUGGCCCUUUCCUCGCUGCCAUAUACCUAUCCUGCAGAAAGAUACUGGAUCAGCAGAGUCUCGCUUUUGUCAAGUCAUCAGCUGUGGCUCGAAAGCUAGUUGUGAAAAGCUUGCGCAAUGUCGUUUUGCAUUGCCUACAGGCGACGUCAACCCUUCCUGGACUCGAUUCAACCGUGGUAUUGGAAGAAGUCAUCGAAUUUCUCCUUGAAGCACUCGCGGAUGGUGACACACCAGUCAGAUACGGUGCUAGCAAGGCGCUCAGCAUCAUCACUCUCAAAUUGGACGCGGAGAUGGCCAGCGAGGUUGUCGAAGCAAUACUUGGCUCGCUCACAGAGAACAUCUACUGGCAGGGGUCCAAGCGCAAUUUGAACAGCGUGAACCCACUCCGAUGGCACGGUUUGACUUUGACGUUGGCUCAGCUUCUCUAUCGCAAAGCAAUCUCUACCAGUCAUUUGGCGGACGUUCUCAACGCUCUCCUACUUUCCCUCGGCUUUGAACAACGGUCGCCUACUGGAGGGUCCAUCGGUACGAACGUACGCGAUGCAGCUUGCUUCGGCAUUUGGGCGCUCUCUCGCCGCUACCCCACCACUGACCUCCUUGCGGUCGAAACCGCGACAAUAAGAGCUUCCGAGCACCUCAGAUCAUUACACGUGCCUCAAGUGCUGGCAAUCGAAUUGGUAGUUGCUGCUUGUCUCGAUCCAGCAGGCAACAUCAGAAGAGGCUCAUCUGCUGCGCUUCAAGAACUUAUAGGUCGCCACCCCAAUACAAUAGAAGAGGGCAUAUCACUCGUACAGAUAGUCGACUUCCACGCUGUCGGGCUCCGCCAGCGCGCAAUGUGCGACGUGGCGAUCAAGGCUGGAGAACUACAAUCUCUGUACUGGGAGGCCCUCUUCGGUGGUCUUUUAGAUUGGAGAGGAACCGGCUCGUUAGAUUCAGACUCACGUCUAUUUGCAGCUGGGGCCAUCGGGUCUCUUUCCAAGGCUCGGUCUCCUGCGGUAGUGCAGAAGAUGUCUGAUCAGGUCCGCGGCAAGCUUACGGCGUUGCGACCUCGCGAGGUUGAAGAGCGUCAAGGUUUAGUGACUGCUCUUGCGACCCUCGUUGACACGGCAGUAGCUAUGCAUGUGGACCAAGCGCCCGAAAAUUCAUGUGCGUCCUUGAUGGCCCUUUGGACGUUAUUCUCACGAGAAUUAGAUCUUGAGGACAAGGCAUUCACUUCGCCGGCAUUGCGACCCCAGUUCACCGCAUCAUCAGUAUGUACAUUCAUCGGGGCAAUCUCGAGACUCACCAAUGGAACUGCCAGCAAGCUCUGGCCCCCAAGCCUACCUGUGGCACAGGUUUGUGAUGUAUUGGACCUUUGUCUCGCGCGUCAUGAGGAGUCAGUCCUCGAUGCUAUUGCUGCCGCAAUCCCUGCAAUAGUCUCAUUAUUACCUAGGUUACCGGGGUCUGACACAUUUGGCGUCGUUAUGUCAUGGCUGCUUCGUUUGGAGAACGAAGCAUCGUACAAUGGGUCGCGAUGUUCCGGACAUGCGAUCGCUCUGGGAGCUGCGCAUGGCAGCUUGGACAGCCUGGCAUUCGACACUGAAAGGGACGUCCUCCAGCGGCGCAUUGUAAAGGUGCUUACGUUCAGGUGCACAUCAGCUGUGGCUAUCGAGGCCCGAACGGUGGCAUUACGUGCUUUGCGUUGUUUGCUUGGGAGCAAGAACCCUGAAUCAACUCAGCUUGCUGCCGACGAAGAAGACCAGAUUGCGAGCGCCUUGCACAUUGCACUUAACGACUAUACCAUUACAGAACGGGGAGAUGUUGGGUCACUCGUCCGACUCGAGGCCUUGAAUACCGUUCGCUUGGCUUGGGCAAAUGGAAUUCUCACCGAGAAACGCAAUGAACGCGAGUACGAUAUCUACGCCGACAUCGUUCGACUAUCUCUCGAAAAGCUUGAUAAGAUGCGCAUGAACGCCGCUCAAGUCCUCCAGCUGAGAGAAGCUGGCGCCGCGACCACAGACGAGGUCUCCUCUCGGACCUACUUCCUGAAUGCACUGAUGUCAUUACAAAAAACCAAAACCCCCGCGAUCAGGGAAGCUAUCUGUGUUGGUUUUGUCAGCUCCGCGGGGAUGGGCUCCGAAUCUGUGGUGCAGAACUCACGAGCAGCUUUGUUAGACUUUGUCGAUAUGCUACAAGACGAAGAUACAUCCGACGUUACGCAGUUUGCCUUGGUUGACUUUGCAAACUGCGUCCUGACACUCCUGAAGAACAACAUCACCAACGACAGAGUUUUGCUUCCGCUACUAGAGGUCAUCGCCUUCUUGUUUGACAUGCAGAUCAUGCAGCGUCUUCAGUCGACGUCUUUCAAUUUCCGAUCACUUCUUUCAUAUACGCAAAAAGCACACUUCAAGUCCACGCAUAUGCAAAAGCUUCACCUCGCGCUGGAUUUGUAUCGGGGCUUAGGUGUCAUCCCAAUGACCAGGAGCGACACGCUAGCCAAAGCUGUGAGCAUGCUGUUACAUCCGUUCCCGAAGGUACGCAUCACAACAGCGGAGACUCUCUGGUACUUGACUCACGAAGGAGGGUUGAAGCGUCACGACUGGACAUUACCAUCGAAGAGUCUGAAGCCAGCCGUAGAUGAGAUCAAGACAUGCUUCGCGACAACAGCGGCUCAACCGCCAUGCUGA